UCCUUCUCGGCGUCACGUUUCAAUCCACGUGUCAGAAAGUUCUGAAAACGGCUACAUGGAUUGGCCGCCUGGUGGUGACUGCCGUUUCUGAUUGGCUUAAGAAGAUGACGUUGUUUGUGUACCUCCUGAAAACGGCUACAGUAGCGGCAUUAAUAAUCGGCCGCCUCGCCGAGAUGGCGGGUUUGGAUUGGCCGCCGUUCGUCCGGGCGUCUAAUGAGCGUUUUGCUCUGGCUAUGUCGGCGGGGGCGUCGGAGUUGGAGCUGGUGAUGGUGCGAGCGGUACCGGCAGGGUCUCGCCCGCGGCCGCUGCUGCUUCUCGGGCCUACCGGCUCGGGUCGUUCGACACUGUUGUUCCGCGCUGCACUAGCAGGUGCUUCCGUUGCCUCCUCGGCUCGUGUGCUGUUUUUGGCGCCGCGGCCUCUGGAGCGGCUUCCGGGCGGGAAAGCAGCUGCAGCAGGAGCAAUCCAGAGAAUCCACUUCCUGUACCCACCUUCCUUCCAGGAGCUACUUCAGCUGGUGGCCUCCCUGCACCAAACCUUAUCUAGUAACCCCUCCAUGAUUGUGCUGGAUGGUUUGGAAGAGUACCUGAACAGUUGGUCCAGUCCCUCUACAGCAGCCCAGCUUGUGGCCCUGCUGCUGGACACAUCUAAUCACUUCAGUCAGAAACAUAGCCAUUUGUCUGUGGGUUGCCAACUGAUUGUUUCUAUGAGGUUUCCUGGAGAAGCUGGGGAAGAAGCAGCACAUUUCUCAGCCAUUGAACGCUACUUCCCAGCUCAACUGUGGCUGCAUCCAGACACUGAGGAGGACACUAGUUUAGAUAACCAAGGUUUAACCAAGUUGAUUAGAGCACAACUCUUCCAGCCAGGGACAAAGGAUCAAGAAUGGAUGGUGAAAUUUGAUGCACAAGGUAACAUGACAACCACUCCAUUGCCAUGCAAAAAUGAAACUGAGGAUGACACAGUUUCAGGAAAUAGGCCGCCUGUUUCUGAAGCCAAUACAACUGGGCCUAGCUCUCAGUCUUAAGGAGCUGCUGAUUACUUCUGAAGAAUCCUU